CUCCCGUCUUCUCUUCGCGAGCCGCGGCCUCGCAAACAGAGGACAAACCUCCCAAAUCCCGACGAAACCCUAACCCUAGAUCCCCCGCCCGCCAUGGAUCUCCUCCAGUCCUACUCUCCAGGCGACGCAUCGUCGCCGGAGGACGAGUCGCUCUCCUCGCCGGACUCCUCCCCACUCCGCCUCCCCACCAAGUCCGCCGCCCCCGCCGUCGACGAGACCGCGCUCGCGCUGUCCGUCGCCGCCUCCACCUCCCGCCCGCUCGACCCCUCGGUCCACCUCGUCCCCUUCAACCCCACCGCCGACCAGCUCUGGGCGCCCGUCCUCGGGCCCCAGCACCCGCACGCGCCCAUCUCGUCCGCCUCCGGCCACCGCAACCACAAGCUCGGCCACGUCGAGGACGCCGCGCUGCUCCCCUUCCUCUUCGACGAGCAGUACAACACCUUCCACCGCUUCGGCUACGCCUCCGACCCCUCGGGCCUCCAGAUCAUCGGCGACGCGCAGGCCGCCAACCCCGACACCGUCUACAACCUGCCCCCCUCCGAGCACAAGCGCCGCCGCAUCCAGUCCAAGGAGGACAACCAGGAGCCCGUGCCCCCGGAGGCCGACAACCCCGCAGCCGACGAGUGGGUCGUCCACAACAAGAAGAGCCCCUGGGCCGGCGUUCGGGAGGGCCCGCCCGUGGAGCUCACGGACGAGCAGAAGCAGUACGCGGAGGCGCAUGCCGCCAAGAAGGCCGAGAAGGAGGCGCGCGGCGAAGGGAAGGAGAAGACGGAGGUGGUGGCCAAGACCACCUUCCACGGGAAGGAGGAGAAGGACUACCAGGGACGAUCGUGGAUCACUCCGCCCAAGGACGCCAAGGCGGCCAACGAACGCUGCUAUAUUCCCAAGAGGUGUGUGCACGAGUGGGUUGGGCACACCAAGGGGGUCUCAGCCAUCAGAUUUUUCCCAAAGUAUGGCCAUCUGCUGCUGUCUGCUAGUAUGGAUUGCAAGAUUAAAAUCUGGGAUGUGCUCGAGUCCAAGACGUGUAUGCGGACCUACAUGGGGCACAACAAGGCGGUGAGGGAUAUAUCGUUCUGCAGCGACGGCAGCAAGUUCUUGAGCGCUGGGUAUGACAGGAAUAUUCAGUACUGGGAUACGGAGACUGGGCAGGUGAUAUCCACCUUCUCUACCGGGAAGGUCCCUUAUGUCGUGAAGCUCAAUCCUGAUGAAGAUAAGCAGAAUAUUCUCCUCGCUGGGAUGAGUGACAAGAAGAUUGUGCAGUGGGAUAUGAGGUCAGGGGAGAUCACGCAAGAGUAUGAUCAGCAUUUGGGGGCGGUCAACACCAUCACUUUUGUAGAUAAUAAUAGGAGGUUUGUGACCUCUAGCGACGACAAGUCGCUUCGCGUGUGGGAGUAUGGUAUCCCCGUGGUGAUUAAGUAUAUCAGUGAGCCACACAUGCACUCCAUGCCGUCUAUUGCUGUACACCCCAACUCAAACUGGCUGGCAGCGCAGAGCUUGGAUAACCAGAUUCUGAUAUACAGCACCAAGGAAAGGUUUCAACUUAAUAAGAAGAAGAGGUUUGCGGGCCACAUUGUGGCAGGUUAUGCUUGUCAGGUGAGCUUCUCACCUGAUGGCAGGUUUGUCAUGUCAGGAGAUGGUGAAGGUAGUUGCUGGUUCUGGGACUGGAAAAGCUGCAGGAGAUUCAAGACCCUCAAGUGCCACAAUGGAGUUUGCAUUGGGUGUGAGUGGCAUCCACUGGAGACUAGCAAGGUUGCAACCUGUGGAUGGGAUGGCGUAAUCAAAUACUGGGAUUAAGUUUUGGUGAUUUGGACAGAAAGAUUGCCCAAGAUGCUGGAAGGGAUUCAUGACAAUGAAAUUCACAAGGAUUCAACUCCAGUAGAUACUGUAAGCUCAUAUGCCUGUCUAGAAAACUUCGAUGUCAUGAGUGGAAACUGAAAGCAGUAUCAUAUUAUCAGCUAUAAUGUAGCUUGCUGUAAUGUUACCCUGUACCAUACAUAUUGCACCACUCAGUUUUGAACCUCACCUUUCACUUCUAGGAUUUCAGUAGUUUCAGUGUCUCCAUUUUGUUGAUGCCAACUUUUGUAGUAAUUGAGAAUGUUUGUAGUGACGGAAUUUUCCCAGAUUCUGGGAACUUUACCCUGGGAAAUCCCCAGUGGCAA